AAAGAGCUGCGUAUGCAAUAAAAAGCUGAUUGGAUCCAGAGUGGUGGCGAGACGCCGGAGGUCAAAAUAUAGAACACUAACAAUAGCUUUCGUGCAUGAGAAGAAUUAUAGUUCACUCAGGAAGUUUAAUAUUUGAAAUGAGUGCGUCAAAACGCGUUGCAGUUGUGACGGGGUCCAACAAAGGUAUUGGGUACGCAAUUGUUCGGGGCCUAUGUACACAGUUUCAAGGAGACGUCAUAUUAACAGCCCGCAGCGAGGCUAAUGGUCAAGAAGCUCUGAAGAAACUGAAUGCAGAAGGGCUCAAGCCCGUGUUUCACCAACUUGACAUCACCGAUGGCACAAGCGUUCAGCGCAUGCGCGACUUUCUGCAGAAGAACUACGGUGGCUUGGAUGUGCUCGUGAAUAACGCGGCCAUAGCUUACAAGUCGGAGAUAGACAAAUUGCAGAGUGAAUUCAGUGGCACCUGCGAAGUUGAGAAUCCACCCUAUGGUGCGCAAAAGAUAGCCGCCACAGAACCGUUUUCCGAGCAGGCUGAUGUGACCAUGGCAACCAAUUUCUGGGGAACGUUAAAUGCAUGCAAGGUUCUGUUUCCAUUACUAAGGCCUCAUGCCAGGGUCGUGCAUGUGUCUAGUAUUGCGGCGUCUAUGACCGCGGUGAAAUGCAGCCAAGAGUUACAGACACGUUUUCUGGAUCCGGAACUGAGCAUGCUGAAAAUUGAACAACUUAUGAACGAAUUUGUCGAAUCCGCAAAAACUGGCACCCACAAGGCCAAUGGCUGGCACGAUUCGGCCUACGGCAUGAGCAAGAUAGGGGUCAAUCUGAUGGCCUUUGUCCAGCAACGAGAGCUCAACGCCGAUUGUCGACCAGAUAUUGUGGUCAAUUCGUGUUGCCCUGGAGACGUGGCCACAGAUAUGACAAGUUGCAUUGGAAUGAAGACCAUCGACGAAGGUGCGGAUACUCCACUGUACCUCGCCAUGUUGCCAGCGAACACAACCUCUCCGAGAGGCCAUUUCGUCGUUGAAAGGGAAAUUCAGAACAUUCUUUAAAUAGGGAACAUUCAGGGGAGAAAAAAAGGAACUGCACCCUGUUCGCUCUUCUUACUUAGUCUCACAUAUGCGCGUCUGGGUUAAAAUUGAUCAGUAGAAACGUGUUAAACAAAGAUAGAAUUAUGCGUGUAUGUUUAGGCAGUGCAUAAUAGAGUAUGCUACCAUAUACAAGUUAUCGCAUCGCUUUACCGAAACUAUUACUCCUUGGGCGAACGACCUUGGACAAAUAUAAAAGCGGUGAGCUCUAUGAUCGUUUUCUGGUUAAUAGAAUUUAUACAUGACACAUAUUUAAUUUCAAUUUAAGACAACAUUUGAAAUUAAAUAUGACUACAGGAUUUACUAUAAGAAAACAAAUCAUUAAGCAGAUCUAUUGUUUUUUAUUGAAAUUAUUGGAAUCAUAGGGUUUCUUUAAUAGAUAAAGAAAGUUAAUCAAAAUCAUGAAUAUUAUACAUUUUUGCACAACAAACUAAGACAAUAUACAUGUAUUUAUUUGUUAUGCUUUGUUAUAAAUAUCAUCAGACUUUUUUACAAUUGAUACUAAUAAUAACUGUAUUUACGCGCACUUGAACAAUAAUUGUACAUGAUUUAAAAACACCAGAACGUUAAAAAUUAUACAGUUCUUUAGUUAUCAACACUUAUUACUAUAUAAAGACAUUAUCAUCAUAAUCAUCAAUAAAAUCAUCAUGUUUAUCCUCGUUAAUCUUAACAAGUUCUUUGCUAAUUAAUAAUUUUACAAAGACACAAUUUCUCAGAUGCCGGUAUGUAUUCAAUGUGUAACAUAGAUCUGAAGGGCACCGCCCGUUGAAGAGUCUCAAGCCGUCCGUAAAAGUCGCGACACCAUUCUCAUAUAGCUUAAGAGCUGUCUUAUCCGCAUCAGACCGACUGUCACAUUCGACAACUGACCUCACAACCAAACUAGCUUAUCCACAUCAGACUGACUGUCACAUUCGACAACUGACCUCACAACCAAACUAGCUUAUCCACAUCAGACCGACUGUCACAUUCGACAACUGACCUCACAACCAAACUAGCUUAUCCACAUCAGACCGACUGUCACAUUCGACAACUGACCUCACAACCAAACUAGCUUAUCCACAUCAGACCGACUGUCAUUCACAUUCGACAACUGACCUCACAACCAAACUAGGUAAUCCACAUCAAACCGACUGUCAUUCACAUGCGUCAACUAACCUCACAAGCAAACUACCUUAUCCACAUCAGACAGACUGUCAUUCACAUUCGACAACUGACCUCACAACCAAACUAGGCAAUCCACAUCAAACCGACUGCCAUUCACAUGCGUUAUAUAACCUCACAAGCCAACUAGCUUAUCCACAUCCGACCGACUGUCAUUCACAUACAUCAUCUGACCUCACAACCCAACU